CACUCUUCACAAUUUCAAAACUCUUUCGUCUCCUGAAAAAAAUGGCGGCAGCUUUACAAACGAACACACGGUUGCAUCCGAUCAACGUCUUCCCAGGAAAAUGCAGAUCUCUCAACGAUCACUCUCGCGCGCCGUGUAGAGUAAGGUGCGCCGCAGUUUCACCGGGGGAAAAACGGUUUAACAUCGCUCUCCUUCCCGGCGACGGGAUCGGUCCGGAAGUCAUCUCCGUCGCCAAGAACGUGCUUCAGCAAGCUGGAUCUCUCGAAGGACUGGAGUUUAACUUCCAGGAGAUGCCUGUCGGAGGAGCAGCUUUGGAUUUGGUCGGAGUGCCCUUGCCGGAGGAAUCCUUUGAAGCUGCAAAACAAUCUGACGCCAUACUUCUUGGAGCUAUCGGAGGGUACAAAUGGGACAACAAUGAGAAACACCUGAGACCAGAGAUGGCUCUGUUUUACCUUAGAAGAGAUCUCAAAGUCUUUGCAAACCUCAGACCUGCUUCCGUUUUGCCUCAGCUAGUCGAUGCUUCCACAUUGAAGAGAGAAGUGGCAGAAGGUGUUGAUAUGAUGAUUGUAAGGGAGCUUACAGGAGGUAUCUACUUUGGAGAGCCAAGAGGAAUCAAGACCAACGAAAACGGCGAAGAAGUCGGGUUUAAUACAGAGUUCUACGCUGCUCAUGAGAUCGAUAGAAUUGCUCGUGUUGCGUUCGAGACUGCUAGGAAACGACGUGGCAAGCUGUGUUCUGUCGACAAAGCCAAUGUGUUGGACGCAUCAAUAUUGUGGAGGAAAAGAGUAACAGCGUUAGCCUCUGAGUAUCCAGAUGUUGAACUAACACAUAUGUAUGUCGACAAUGCUGCAAUGCAGCUUAUUCGUGACCCCAAACAGUUUGACACAAUAGUCACCAAUAACAUUUUUGGUGAUAUAUUAUCUGAUGAGGCUUCAAUGAUCACUGGAAGCAUUGGGAUGCUUCCAUCUGCUAGUCUCGGUGUAUCGGGACCUGGACUGUUUGAGCCUAUACAUGGUUCAGCACCAGAUAUUGCUGGUCAGGACAAGGCAAACCCAUUGGCGACCAUUCUCAGCGCUGCAAUGCUUUUGAAAUAUGGACUUGGAGAAGAAAAGGCUGCAAAGAGGAUUGAAGACGCGGUCUUGGCUGCUCUGAACAAAGGUUUUAGAACCGGUGACAUCUACUCUCCUGGAAAUAAACUGGUGGGAUGCAAGGAGAUGGGUGAGGAGGUGCUAAAAUCAGUGGACGCCAAAGUUGCAGCUACUGUUUAAGUUUAAUGAUGAUUUAAAGCAGUCGAUAAAGUGUGUAGCUCUUUCGUUUUACGGUUACUUAUAUGCUAAUCCAUGUACUAGAAACGUAAUAUGCAAGCUUCUUGAUAAUAAAUUUGGGAUCAAUUCUGCAAUCUGAAAAA